AUGUUCUGGAUGCUUCAAACAUAUAGAAAUCCCCAGCAAUUACACCAGCAGGCAAAUAAGAUCAAAUACUUAGUAAAAGGUCAGUCUCAAGGCUUUGUGGAAGACUUUGAUCAAAUUAUCAAGGCCUGUGAACAUGGAAUGGUCAGCACCACUAUUUUAAAAAAGCAAUACCAGGAUAUAUUCAAUGUGAAUGAGAUAGAAAAGCAAAAUCUGUCAUUCAAUCUUCUGAGUCUGCAGUUUCUGGGCCUAGAUCACACUCAGAAGCAUCACAGCAGUGCAGCAACUGCAAUUUACCUGGUCAAAAGAGAACAAGAUGCUCUCAAUCUAGUGUAA